AUGCCCAGCUCCCACCAGGGAUCGCUACCUGGCGAGACCUCGCCCCGGGGCUCCCAGCGGGAGGAGGCCCAGCCCACCAUGGAGUCCCUGCUGAGGCUCGUUCAAGGGCUCCAGGCCUCCAUCACCGAGCUCCGCGCGGAGGUCACCAGCGCGAGGCUGGACAACCUCCUCAAGGAGAACGAGGCCAAGCGGGCGCUCCUCGCUAAGUCUGAUGCCCACUCCCGGGUUCUCGAGGACGUUGUUCGAGCCAGGGAGGACCAGGCCCAGGCAGUCGCUCGGCAGAAGGAGCUAGAAGCAGAGCUUGAGGAGGCNGUCCACACCCAGGCAGCCUCCGCUGUACAUCCUGCCGACUACACUAUGGCUAGCGAGAAGACGGCCAGCAAGAACGGCCCCAAGCUUGCCUUUCCGAAAUGGCAGGAGGACGACUUAGAGCUCUCGCUCAUCGAGAUCGAGAGCUGGUUCCAGUUCUACGAGAUGAUGGAUGCUAAGCGGCAAAUCCAGUACCUUGGACCCAACCUGGAAGGAAGGGCCUUGCAGUGGUACCGCUCUAAGCUCCGGGUUGACCCAUCCCAGUCGGGUAUCCUGUUCAACAACUGGACGUACUUUGUUGACCGACUCAAGGAGCUGUACGGCCACCACGACGUGCAGUAUGAGGCGUACCUCCAGCUGCACGCCAUCAGACUAGCCUCUGACAAGGCAGGCAAGGCUAUCGAGUACGUCGAGCAGUUCAGAGCUCUAGCGGACCGAGCACAGGUCAGCGACGAGAGAAUGAAGAUGCUCGUCUUCUGUAACGGCCUCANCGAGUACGUCGAGCAGUUCAGAGCUCUAGCGGACCGAGCACAGGUCAGCGACGAGAGAAUGAAGAUGCUCGUCUUCUGUAACGGCCUCACGCCCAGCCUUCAGCGUCUCUUCAAGCGCGACCCUCCCAAGAGCAUGUGGGAGUGGUAUUGGCAGGUUGAGGCCAUCGAUCGAAGCCAGGUGCUCAAUCAGCAGACGCUCCAGAGCAGUGCUGGGCUCGCUGAGUCGACGUCUGAUGCUAUACGCUACGACCGGUUCGCCCCCGAGCAAACUCGAGCGAGCUCGGCAAAGACACCUAUGCGCCCGGCCGAAGUGGCAAACGAACCUCGCCCCGCCAUGAGAUCCUGGUCCACUGCCGCUCAACCACGUGCUGAGGCGCAAGCCGAUAGUGCCCGACCUAGAUCUGCGGUAGCCUGGAACACUGGUCCCACAGCUGCUCCCAACGGCCCCGCCUCGCCGUAUUACGGAACNUUCGGAGACGGCUGCAGGAUCUGCGGUAGCCUGGAACACUGGUCCCACAGCUGCUCCCAACGGCCCCGCCUCGCCGUAUUACGGAACAAGGAUCGUCAGCCAGGUCCCAAGGCCUUCGCAGCCCAGGAGGAUGACGGCGAGACCGUGGCAGACCCCUCCGAGGAGCAGGACGAGGAAGAUGUCGAUGAUGAUGAGCUGCUACCGGCUCAAGAGCCCCUCAUCGGCAUGGAUAACGACAACGGCGAGGGAAACGCUCGUGGGACAACCCAUCCGUCGGUCCUCGAGCUCACUGGCACUAUCAACGCCAAGCCAGCUCGCAUCCUCGCCGACACUGGAGCUUCACUGUCUCUACUCUCAAGCUCGUUCGCUCGUACAUAUUGUAUCAACACCACACCCACGGCCGCCUCCAAGACGAUCCAUGGCAUCAGCGGCCACCGAGUGCCUAUCACUCAAGACGCCGUCGUGACGGUCGGCGUAGGCCAGCAGGAGCUACCUGGGCUCCAUGCCUACAUAGCCGACAUCGUAGACUUCGACUUGAUCAUAGGCUACGGUACGCUGAGGCAACUGCAGCCGCAGAUCAACUGGGAGAACGACCGUAUCCAUUUCCCCACUUCGGCAGGGCACCCGCAUACUGUGCCGAAGUCGCGUCAUCUCGGCAAUCACACAUUGCCGCUCGCCGAACUCGACAGACGCGAUUCCCCUGCCGAAUACCCGCCACCCUCAAUCACGGCGCAUGGCAAUGAGUUCGUCUUCGCUGACCAGCUCAUCCAGGCAGCAUAUGAGGAUGGUCCCAUUGGCAUCAUGCUCAUCGAUGCACCACCCAGCUUGCUACCGAGCUUCGGCUUCGUACCGACGGGAGAGGACAAAGGCAUCGAGAUCGAGGUGGAACCAGAGGCCAAGGCUCCAGCCUCGAUUCCCGAGCCCUACAAGGACCUCGAGGCUGUCUUCAGCGAGGUGGAAGCAGACAAGCUGCCGCCUCGUACUGACACAGACCUGCCGAUCGAGCUAGUGCCCGGCUAG